CUUCUUCUUGGCUUUGCCUCCGGACUUGUUGACGGGGUCCUUGUCCUUCUUGGCCGACUUGCCCGCGUCUUUCUUCUUCUUGUCGUCCUUUGGCGGCAUGGCUGGAGCGGAGCGGCGGUUUCUCCCUCAGCGACUUCCGGCCAGAAAGGAAGGCGGUGGUGUGGGCAGGCCGGGAAACCCCGUGGCUGAGGGGCACUUCCGGGGAGGCACCGGAAGAGGGGUGUGGCGUGUGUGUAGGGGUCAAAGGUCGGAGACGGGAGCCGCGAUGGCCAUCUUCAGCGUGUACGUGGUGAACAAGGCCGGUGGGCUCAUCUACCAGCUGGACCACUACGCACCGCGCUCCGAGGCCGAGAAGACCUUCAGCUUCCCGCUCGAGCUGGUGCUGCGCCCGCACGACGAGCGCGUCCUCGUGGCCUUCGGGCAACGCGACGGUAUCCGCGUGGGCCAUGCUGUGCUCGCCAUCAACGGCAUUGAUGUCAACGGGAGGUACACCGGGGACGGGAGGGAUGUGCUGGAGUUCCUGGGCAAUCCAGCCAACUACCCGGUGUCAAUCCGCUUUGGCCGUCCCCGACUGUCAUCCAAUGAGAAGCUCAUGCUGGCCUCCAUGUUCCACUCGUUGUUCGCAAUUGGGUCCCAGCUAUCUCCUGAGCAGGGAAGUUCUGGAAUUGAGAUGCUGGAGACAGAUACUUUCAAGCUUCACUGUUUUCAGACGCUAACAGGGAUCAAAUUUGUGGUGCUUGCUGAUCCACGACAGUCUGGGAUAGAUUCCCUUCUGCGCAAGAUUUAUGAGAUUUAUUCAGAUUUUGCUCUGAAAAAUCCUUUCUACUCUUUGGAGAUGCCAAUCAGAUGUGAGCUCUUUGAUCAGAACUUGAAGCUUGCACUCGAGGUAGCAGAAAAAGCAGGGCCAUUUGGGCCAGGAUUGUAGGGUGGGUUCCUCCCACUUCAAUCAGCCAGUGGACUUUUAAAAAAACAGCAAAGUCUUGGGCCAGAAGAAUUCACAACAAUCUGUGGAUAGUGGCCUUGGCUGCAGUUCCAGAGAACAGCUAAGGUACUAUCACUGUUGAGUGGAUGCAGCUGGUGGUGAUCCUGGGUUGCUAAUAACGGAAACCAACUGGCAGCUUAGAAGACAGAGCCACACUAUUCCUUUAAUAGUGGUGCAUGUACAUAUUGUUUCAUUGUUUACUUUUAAUUUAUGACUGAAGCAUUGAAUGUUUGCAUGUGUAAAUAAAGCAUUCCUUAA